AUGCAUCUCGUGCCGAAAGAGCUUGACAAGCUUGUCAUCUCGCAGCUGGGAUUCAUAGCCCAGAAGAGACUGGCAAGGGGCGUGAAACUGAAUCAUUCCGAGGCCACUGCGCUCAUCGCCAGUAACCUCCAGGAACUCAUUCGCGAUGGUGCCCAUACGGUUGCGGACCUGAUGACCCUCGGGUCGACCAUGCUUGGGCGCCGGCAUGUGCUCCCGUCCGUCACGUCCACCCUGCACGAGAUCCAGGUCGAGGGCACGUUCCCGACGGGCACCUACCUUGUCACCGUGCACAAUCCCAUUGCUACGGAGGAUGGAGACCUGGCCCGGGCCCUUUACGGCUCGUUCCUUCCCGUACCGGACCCGGAUCUGUUCCCUCCCGCCGAGGCUGCGGCCUACGAGGGCCCGAACCAGCCCGGCGCCGUGGUGGCCGUCAGGGGCAAGGUCGCGCUCAACGAGGGACGCAGGAGGGUCCGGCUCAGGGUGACCAGCAAGGGUGACCGGCCCAUCCAAGUUGGCAGUCACUACCACUUUAUUGAGACGAACCCUCUCUUGGAGUUCGAUCGGAAGCAGGCCUAUGGGUUCCGCCUCGAUAUCCCCGCGGGCACGUCCGUGCGGUUUGAGCCUGGUGACACGAAGACCGUUACUCUCGUAGAAAUCGGCGGUAACAAGGUUAUCCAGGGCGGCAACAACCUUGCGUCAGGCAAGGUCGACUUGUCAAGGGCGGACGAGAUCAUCGAAAAAUUGCAGAAGGCUGGGUUUGCUCACCGCCCUGAACCUGUGGGUGACGCAAGCUUGAUCAGCACUUACGAGAUCGAUCGCAGCGCGUACCUCACCAUGUUUGGCCCAACGACAGGCGAUCGCGUCAGGUUAGGCAGCACUGAUCUCUGGAUCAAGGUCGAGAAGGACCUCACCACCUACGGGGAUGAGUGUAAGUUCGGCGGAGGCAAGACGCUACGUGAAGGCAUGGGCCAAGCAACUGGAAGAUCGGAUAAGGAGGUUCUGGAUAUGGUUGUCACGAACGCUUUGAUUGUCGACUACACUGGUAUCUACAAGGCAGACAUUGGUGUCCAGGAUGGCGUUAUUGUGGGCAUUGGAAAAGCUGGCAACCCAGACGUUAUGGAUAACGUCACUGAGGGCAUGAUAGUGGGAAGCUGCACCGAUGUCAUUGCUGGUGAAGGGAAGAUCAUUACAGCCGGAGGAUUGGAUUCUCACAUCCACUUCAUUUGCCCCCAGCAGGCUUAUGAGUCGAUUGCUAGUGGUAUCACUACCAUGCUUGGAGGUGGCGUCGGGCCCAGUGCUGGAACGAGCGCUACUACUUGUACACCCGGUGCCAACUACACCCGACAGAUGUUACAGGCCUGUGACGAGCUGCCGCUGAACAUCGGUAUCACUGGAAAAGGCAACGACAGUGCCCCUGGUGCUCUACGUGAACAGAUCAUUGCAGGCGCUUGCGGUCUCAAGCUCCACGAGGAUUGGGGAACCACGCCAGCAGCCAUCGACUCCUGCCUCACUGUCUGCGAUGAGCUUGAUGUGCAGUGCCUGAUUCAUACAGACACACUCAAUGAGUCCGGCUACGUUGAGUCAACGAUUGCGGCCUUCAAGAACCGGGUGAUCCACACAUACCACACGGAAGGUGCGGGCGGUGGCCACGCCCCUGAUAUCAUCAGCGUUGUUGAGCAUCCGAAUGUUCUCCCGUCAUCGACCAACCCGACUAGACCAUUUACGAGAAAUACCCUAGACGAACAUCUGGACAUGUUGAUGGUUUGCCACCACCUGUCCAAGAACAUCCCCGAGGAUGUGGCCUUUGCGGAGUCUCGUAUUCGUGCUGAGACCAUCGCCGCAGAAGACGUCUUGCAUGACCUGGGCGCCAUCAGUAUGAUGUCUUCAGACUCCCAGGCUAUGGGCCGCUGUGGUGAGGUGAUACUGCGCACAUGGAAUACGGCACACAAGAACAAGGUGCAACGAGGUACAUUGAAGGAAGACGAGGGCACAGGCGCCGACAACUUCAGGGUCAAACGAUACGUGAGCAAGUACACGGUCAACCCAGCCGUCGCCCAGGGCAUGGGGCACUUGAUUGGCAGUAUACAAGUUGGGAAACUGGCUGACCUCGUGGUGUGGGAUCCGGCGUGGUUCGGUACCAAGCCGAGCCUGGUUGUGAAGAGUGGGCUGAUCGCAUAUGCACAGAUGGGUGACCCUAAUGCCUCCAUCCCGACCGUGCAGCCCAUCAUUGCACGCCCCAUGUUUGCGCCCAUGGUCCCGCAGACAAGCAUACUCUUCGUCUCCGAGGCGUCGAUCUCGUCGGGAACCGUAGGCAAGUACGGGCUGCGCAAGCGCGUCGAGGCUGUCAAGAAUUGCCGCAACAUCAGCAAGAGGGACAUGCAGUUCAACGAUAUCAUGCCGAAGAUGAAGGUCGACCCCGAGAAGUAUGUCGUUGAGGCCGAUGGCAUGGUCUGUACGGCCGAACCCGCAGAGAGCCUGCCGCUGAGCCAGCAGUUCUAUGUCUAUUAA